AUGGUCCUCUUCCUCGUGGCCGAGACGCUGCGGCUGCUGGACCUGUACAAGGCGCUGCGCGACGACCCGCGCAACGUGACGAACAAGGGCAUUUUGCUCAAGCAGCACGCGCGCGAGGAGCUGACGAGCGCGCUCAACGCGAGUUUCCCCCGCGAGCAGCCGUGGACCGAGAGCCAAGUGGCCGUCAAGUUUAAGAACUUGCGCAGCGAGUACGUCGAGCUCAAGUGGCUCAGCAGUCAGCCAGGCUUCCAUGACGACGGCGUGGGCAUGAGCGAAGAGUGGUGGAAGAACGUCAAGCGGCUCCGGCCCAAGGCGAACGCGUUCCGGGGUAAGUUGCCGUGGAUCUUCGAGCCCAAGAUGAAGGCCAUCGUGGGCCCGCAGCUGCCGCCGCAGCCGCUCGCGUGGACGGCCGCAGACGACGACGUCGAGAGAGGAGAGGAAGCGGACCACCAGCAGCAGCAGCUGCAGGAAGCGACGCCGCCGAGUGCGGCAGUGGCAGCGGACGUGGCCGAGUCGACCGCAAUGUCAACUGCUGCCAUUGAGAGCGACAAAGGGGAAGCGCCUGCGCGCGCGCUGUCGCUCAAGCGCCCGCGCGAGGCCGACCCGAGCAGAGCCAGCGACGAACGGGCAAUGACGUGGGGCCACGUUGCCGACAGCGACUACGACCGGUCGCUCGCCCGGUCCGUCGAGCAGAGUUCCGUGGCGGCGGCCGGGAUGGCGCGCGGGUUCCAGGACCUCACGGCGAUGUUCCAGGAAGAAGCGGCGCGGUGUCGGGCGCUCGAGCAGCAGGUCACGCGGGACGGCGGCCGCGACGCGCCGUUUCUCGCGGACCAGCGGCACGUGUUGCUGGCGAUCGCCAACUCGCUCGAGCACAGUACGCGCGCGACGGCAGACAUGGCGAAAGGCUACCGCGACCUCGUGGGCGCGUUCGUGCGGGGGAAGGCCGACGCGGACCAUCAUCCGAAGCCGUCCGAGUCGGACGCGAGUGUGCAGUCGGUGACUGCGUAG